UUUGUCCAAGCAACACAAACCCUGCCCUGUGAUUUUGGUUUGUAAGUGAGCCCUUAGGGGGUUUGAUGGUCCUCCUGGACGGAGGGUCAUGCCAGGAAUUGGAAGAAGGGGAUUGGCAUGGCCUGGGUGGGGAGUGGGGUGUGCCAGUCCAUGCUUCCUCUGGGCUCACUCACAUUCAUGUCAAGCCAUGGGUUGGCAGGAAAGGCCAUGCAUCCAUGCGCUUCAAGAGGACAGCUGGUUGGUCACAGGAGACAACCUGCGUGGCAACCAGGCUGCAGAAACUGGCUUAAGCUCUACCAGUGAAUCACUGUGUACUUUCCAGCUGAUUAGCAAAGGCUUCUGAUCCCAGCCUUAACAGCAGCAAGUAACAUUGCCCACACAAGAGAGGAAAGAGAUAGUUUGCCUUAGCUGGCCUUGUGCUAAUCAUUCCGCUUGCAAUUUCCGUGUUCUUUGCAGAUAAAAAAUGGGCUUGAACCAGGUCUUUGCUUUAGAAUCUCCCUUCUGCCUCAGUGCAGGGCUUGAUUUGCUCUCGUUUACCCAGGUUUUGAGAGGAAGGUCAUGCAAUGUUCUUAUUUCAUUUCUUGGUCCUCAGAGAUUUUUAAGUACUACAUUCAAGGCCUCAGAUCUCCAGGUGGAACUGACCAAGCACCCGAACUCCAAACCAGAUCCCGGGAAGCUGGUCUUUGGAAAAACCUUUACUGACCAUAUGCUUACUGUGGAGUGGAGCAGGGAAAAAGGUUGGGGGAAACCACACAUCAAACCCUUUCAGAAUCUCUCUCUGCACCCGGCCUCUUCUGCCUUGCACUAUUCAGUUGAGCUCUUUGAGGGGAUGAAAGCUUUCCGGGGCCCAGAUAAGCACAUCCGCCUUUUUCGUCCCAUGAUGAACAUGGACCGCAUGUUACGUUCCAGCCUUCGCGCUUGCCUGCCUUCCUUCGACAAGAAUGAGUUACUGGAAUGUAUACGGCAGCUAAUCCGCGUGGACCAAGAUUGGGUCCCCUACUCCGAUGAUGCUAGCCUCUAUAUCCGUCCCACUUUCAUCGGCACUGAGCCUUCCUUGGGGGUCGCCAAGUCCAACCAUGCAUUGCUGUAUGUGAUCUUGGGUCCUGUGGGCCCCUAUUUUGCCACCGGCAGCUUCAACCCUGUUUCUCUCCUGGCUGAUCCUCAUUUUGUCCGUGCCUGGAUAGGUGGCGUUGGGAAUAGUAAGCUGGGCUGCAACUACGGCCCCACCAUUUACGUGCAGAAUGAGGCCAUUAAAGAGGGAUGCCAGCAGGUUCUGUGGCUCUAUGGGGAUGACCAUCAAGUCACUGAAGUUGGGACCAUGAAUAUCUUCAUGUUUUGGAAGAACCAGCAGGGAGAUCUGGAGCUGGUCACCCCUCCACUGAAUGGAAUCAUCUUGCCUGGUGUGAUCCGGCAAAGCCUCCUAGAUCUGGCACGCAAAUGGGGGGAGUUCAAAGUUUCUGAGAACCUUUUCACAAUGGCUGACCUGAUCAAAGGUCUGGAGGAGAACAGGGUCAAGGAAGUGUUUGGUUCUGGCACGGCUUGCGUUGUUUGCCCCGUGAACAAAAUCCUCUACCAGGGCAAGAGUUACCAUAUCCCCACAAUGGAAAAUGGGCCUGAGAUCACAAAACGAUUUCUGAAAGAGCUGACAGAUAUUCAGUACGGACGGGUGGCCAGUGACUGGAGCCAGCCAGUCUGACACAGGCCGAGCGGUGCUCCUGCCAGAUGUUCCAGCCUCUCUCUUACCACAGUUGUAUUUACGACAUGGUUCUGUAGCUUGGGUACUUCCGCCUUUCGCACUGUCAGAGCUUGGACUGGCUGUCCGCUUUCGAAGAGCCAUGAGCUGCCUGCCACUUGUGGCUGCAAAGCACUCUGCAUAGGGAGGACUGGGGCUCGGGACAGCUGCCAAGCCAGCCUGUCUGUGGUGGAAUUUAAGCGGUUAUCUCUUCUCUCGCUCACCUCCAAAAUUCAGCUGCUUCCUGCUUUUACAGUGCAAUAUUGAGAGAGAGAGAGAGAGAGAGAGAGGUGAGUCUUCAAAGUUGUAAAACUCCACACACUUGCACACAGACAUUUUUUAAAAGUAGUCAGAUUCAUGCAGAAGCGCACUUAAAAAUUAAAAUCUGAACAAAAUUGCUGUUUAAAAAUUUCAGUCUCUGAUACCCUAUCGGUUGGUGCUAAAAUUUAGCAUCAGUUUCCUGUGUUUGGAACUGCACAUUUCCAGUCAUUUCAAAUGACUCUUUAAAACACGUGCCACCUGGCCCCAUGUUUCAAACCUGGCAUUGGACCCGGCUCUAGUUAGUCAAUGAUGCUUCACGUACAUUAGGACUGGCUUUGAACACAAACUAUUUUGUAACCCAGAGAUGGCAUUUUUUAAUGAAAACUAAAACCAUACCUUGGAGAAGCACUUUCCUUAGCUCCGGCCAGCAUGGCAGGCUUCUAGUCUGACACAUCUGCAAGUCACCAGGUUGGGGAAGGCUGGAAUUAGGAGCACUGUGGUCUGCUGGAAAGCAGUAGCUUGGUUGUGACACACACUUCUUGUAAGAAGGGGUACAUAAGCAGUGUGUGUCUGGAGUUGUGGCACUGGGGACAGUCUGAAAAGGAUGAUGUUGCUCUUUGUUUGCUCUCCUUUAUUAAGGAGAGCUUAAUAAACACUCAUUUAAACUUUGCUUCAGUAAGGUAGAGUGAUCCUGUGUCCCAGACAUGGUCUGGAAGGACCAUAAGAUAAUUUGCAAAGCUGGAGACAGAACUCUGCCCUCCGAGAUGGGAAUCCACACUCCGAUCCCCCUGUCCCCGCAGCUGGCAUGGAAAGAAAGGUGCCAGCUUCCUCCCUGAUGCUGGGAAAAUCAACCUUGGAGCGGGAGAACAGGGCAUCCUGGUGGGUGGGGGGUUGAGGCUGAGUCUCUUUUCCUUCCUCUCCAAAGCACGCCAGCUCCAAAAUGCGGAGCAGAAGGUACAGGGCAUUAGGGAUUGCCUGUGCCAUUCCUCCCACUCUGCACUGGAUGCUCUUGUGCCUCCAGGUUUGGGGGCUUAAGAACAUCGAGGGCACUAUCAAUAGGAUGGCAUCCUGAUUUGAUCAUUCAAGGUUCUCUUUCCUUUGGAAGUUGAAGCAUAAAAGACAAAUAAACAUUCAGUUUCGAUCAAUCUGAGGAGUAUUGUUUCAAAAUGUUGCAUAGCAUGAUAAGAUCCGUGCCUCCGUCUCGUGCCAAGUAGAUGUAUUUCUUGAUCUUGCACUAGCAGGUAAAGACAGAAUUCAUGCAUAUCUGGUUGAGCCCAAACAUGCAUUCAAUUGAAAGUGAUGACGUGCAGGUGGACAAUACCGAGACUUGGAUAUGGAGAUGAUGAAAUUUGUUUGGUUUGCAUUUUAAAACAAACUGACCUUGCUCACAUCGCCUGAUCCAAAAUGCAAAGCAGGAUGUUGCCCUUCUCUUUCAGUUUUCGCACAGGUCUGAAUUGCACAAUGCAGUUUGCGGAUCAAAAACUGUUUACAUUAGUGUGCAAGAAGUCAUAUGCUGGAGUGGGGGCAGCACUUGCCAAACAUGCAGGCACAGUGAAAAAAAAGAACAGCAUAGAAAGCAAAAUAAACGGAUUUGUUUGUCCCUUCUUGGAUAUACAUCUCAUUUGUGCCAUCAUUAAUUUAACACUAACAUAGAAGAAGCCUUUGUGAAUGAUUACGUGGGUACACAGAUCUCCUUUCCUGGACUGGGACACUGGCAUUUCUAGUGCAGCCGGUGCCAAGAAAAGCAACGUUUGUUCCAAGAAAUACUGUAAAUAAUUGACGGGUAACGUUAGCAAGGCAAAUAUUUGAGAGGGAUGUCAAGAAAGAGCACCUCUAAAGUUAAGCGUGUAAUGGAUGGUUCGUGUGUGUGUGGUUUAUUUUCGGAGAAAAGUGUCUUUUGAAGAAAUGGGAAUGAAGUUGGUGUCGCAAGUGUUUCAGAUACACCUGUGUAUUCUGACAGGAUUGUUUUAAAACUGCUAUGCCAGAGGAGGAGAGGGCUCAGAAAUUUUCCUUUGUCAUUUACUAAUUGCUCUAGCUGUGACUGUAAUUGCUUGCAUUACACCAGGAGUAGGGAGCAUGUGGCCCUUCAGAGGUUGCUGGACUGCAACUCCCAUUAGCAGUACCCAACACAGCAAAUGGUAGGGGAUUAUGGGAGUUGCAGUCCAUCAAUAUCUGGAGGCCCAUACACAGGACAGUUCACUGAGACAAAAUAAGAUGAAUUAUAUCAGUUAUAAUUAAUUGGGCCUCUCAUGGUUGCAGUCCAGCAACACCAGAAGGGCCAUACUCCUCAAAACUGUGGUAUACUUGUUUUGCCAUGCCCUGAAUUGCGAUCAAUGGUUCAGAGCACUCUUAUGGCAGAAAUGUUUUACUUUUCCAGCAUCUAAGAGCACUGCCAACCCAAGGAUUUUUUGUACCUGAAGUGGAGCUCAAAUUACUUAUCAUCUUUCUAUGCUAUCUUUUGUCCUUACAUCAGGAUUUCAGAUGGUGUAUAAAUCAGUUCUGUUACAGAAUGAGAAAACAGCAGGUGAAAAUCCUUGAAAAAGCAAUAAAGGUAUAAAUGAAAUCCUCA